CGCCCCCUCCCCUUCUCCUCUCCGCUGGGCUCGCGCGCCGCAGCCGGAGCAGCCAGUGAGAGCAACAUCCUGGAAAGAGGGGGGCUGGAGGGGAGCACCACCACCCCCCAAAAGGGGGGGAAAAGGCCCCACCCUGACACGUUUUGCUGUUUGCAAGUCCCUCGCACCCCGCGCCACCCCCGCACCUCCUCCUCCCGCUCCCGGCCCCCCCAGCCCGCCGCGCUCACAUCAAAGCUGCUCUCCGCCCGCCGCGCGCAGUGGCCGCGGCUCCCUAAUGGGAUUGCAGGCUGGUGCCUGGCUCCGCUGCUGCCGCCGCCGCCGCCGCUGCUGCUGCUGCCGCCGCCGCCGGAGCCCCAGCCCGAGCCCCCGCCAGCCCGAGCCCAGAGCCGCCGCGCCCCGGGGCCGGAGCCGCGGCGAUGAUCCGAAUCUUCCCGGAUUUCAGCGUGCAGGUGACGGCCGCGGCGGCUGGCGGGGCGGCCGCGGGGGUGCCGGCCGGCGCCGGCGGCAUGGGGAGGGCCAGCGCCGCGGCCAACGGCGCCCCGCAGAACGUCCAGGGCAUCACCUCCUACCAGCAGCGAAUAACUGCCCAGCAUCCUCUGCCCAACCAAUCUGAAUGUAGGAAAAUCUACAGAUAUGACGGAAUCUACUGUGAAUCUACCUACCAGAACUUACAAGCAUUGAGAAAGGAGAAAUCCCGAGAUGCUGCACGCUCCCGCCGGGGAAAAGAAAAUUUUGAGUUCUAUGAAUUGGCCAAGUUAUUGCCUCUUCCUGCAGCCAUCACGAGCCAGCUGGACAAGGCAUCCAUCAUCCGACUUACAAUUAGCUAUCUGAAAAUGAGGGACUUUGCUAACCAGGGGGACCCUCCAUGGAACUUGCGAAUGGAAGGCCCACCCCCAAACACAUCCGUGAAAGGGAUACAAAUGUGGAAAUCUGAACUCUGCAUGAGAAAGACACCAUGUGAAGUUAUAGGUGCACAACGAAGGAGAAGCCCCAGUGCACUGGCCAUUGAAGUAUUUGAAGCCCAUUUGGGAAGUCACAUUUUGCAGUCCCUGGAUGGCUUUGUGUUUGCACUAAACCAAGAAGGAAAAUUUUUGUACAUUUCCGAAACAGUCUCAAUCUACCUAGGCCUCUCACAAGUGGAGCUGACAGGCAGCAGCGUCUUUGACUAUGUCCACCCGGGGGACCACGUGGAGAUGGCAGAGCAGCUGGGCAUGAAGCUCCCCCCGGGGCGGGGCCUCCUCUCCCAGGGUGCCGCGGAGGACGGAGCCAGCUCAGCAUCCUCCUCCUCCCAGUCAGAGACCCCCGAGCCAGUGGAGUCAACCAGUCCCAGCCUGCUAACCACUGACAACACCCUUGAGCGUUCCUUUUUCAUCCGAAUGAAAUCUACUCUGACCAAACGUGGUGUGCACAUCAAAUCAUCAGGAUAUAAGGUGAUCCACAUCACAGGCCGGCUCCGCCUGCGGGUGUCCCUGUCCCACGGGAGGACCAUCCCCAGCCAGAUCAUGGGCCUCGUAGUCGUGGCGCACGCCCUGCCUCCGCCUACAAUCAACGAAGUCAGAAUCGACUGCCAUAUGUUCGUCACUCGAGUAAAUAUGGACCUCAAUAUCAUUUACUGUGAAAAUAGGAUCAGCGAUUACAUGGAUCUGACCCCGGUAGACAUUGUGGGGAAGAGAUGCUACCACUUCAUCCACGCGGAGGACGUGGAAGGCAUCCGGCACAGCCACCUGGACUUGCUGAAUAAGGGCCAGUGUGUGACGAAGUACUACCGUUGGAUGCAGAAGAAUGGAGGCUAUAUCUGGAUACAGUCUAGUGCCACCAUCGCUAUCAACGCCAAGAAUGCGAAUGAGAAGAACAUCAUCUGGGUGAAUUAUCUUCUUAGUAAUCCCGAGUACAAGGACACCCCGAUGGACAUCGCACAGCUCCCCCACCUGCCGGAGAAGACUUCGGAGUCCUCGGAGACGUCGGACUCUGAGUCAGACUCUAAAGACACCUCAGGUAUUACAGAGGACAACGAGAACUCCAAGUCCGACGAGAAGGGGAACCAGUCCGAGAACAGCGAGGACCCGGAGCCCGACCGGAAGAAGUCGGGCAGCACGUGCGACCAGGACAUGAACUGCCACGACCAAGGCCACAGCUCCAGCAACCCCGACAGCCGCGACAGCGACGACGACAGCUUCGAGCACUCGGACUUCGAGAACCCCAAGGCCGGGGAGGAAGGCUUCCGCGCGCUGGGGCCCAUGCAGAUCAAGGUGGAGCGCUACGUGGAGAGCGAGCCGGACCCGCGGCUGCAGGACUGCGAGCCGCUCACGUCGGACAGCGCCAGCGCCAAGGACUCGGACAGCGCGGGCGAGGCGGGCGCGCAGGCGGCGGGCAGGCUCCAGCGGCGCAGGAAGCGGCGGAAGCGGCAGAAGGGCGGCAGCGCCAGCCGCCGGCGCCUGUCCAGCGCGUCCAGCCCGGGCCUGGAGGGGGGCCUGGUGGAGCCCCCGCGGCUGCUGGCCUCCCCCAACAGCGCCGCCUCGUCGGUGCUCAAGAUCAAGACGGAGAUCGCCGAGCCCAUCAACUUCGACAACGACAGCAGCAUCUGGAACUACCCGCCCAACAGGGAGAUCUCCAGGAACGAGUCCCCCUACAGCAUGACCAAGCCCCCCAACUCCAACCCCGAGCACUUCCCGUCCCCGCAGGGUCAGGGCGGCGGCGGCGGGGCCGGGGGUGGCAGCGGGGGCGGUGGGGGCCUGCACGUGGCCAUCCCCGACUCGGUCCUCACCCCGCCCGGCGGCGCAGACAGCGCGGCCCCGCGCAAGACUCAGUUCGGCGCCUCGGCCACCUCGGCCCUGGCCCCCGUCACCUCCGACCCCCUGUCGCCCCCGCUGUCAGCAUCCCCGCGGGACAAGCACCCGGGGGGUGGCGGCGGCGGUGGAGGCGGCAGUGGCGGCGGCACUGGGGGUGGCCCCAGCGCGCCCAACUCCUUGCUGUACCCCGGGGACCUGGAGGCGCUGCAGAGGCUGCAGGCGGGCAACGUGGUGCUGCCGCUGGUGCACAGGGUGACCGGGACGCUGGCGGCCACCGGCACUGCGGCGGCGCAGCGGGUCUACACCACGGGCACCAUCCGCUACGCGCCCGCCGAGGUGACCCUGGCCAUGCAGGGCAACCUGCUGCCCAACGCGCACGCCGUCAACUUCGUGGACGUCAACAGCCCGGGCUUCGGCCUCGACCCCAAGACGCCAAUGGAGAUGCUCUACCACCACGUGCACCGGCUCAACAUGUCGGGACCGUUCGGCGGCGCGGUGAGCGCGGCGGCCAGCCUGACGCAGAUGCCGGGGGGCAACGUGUUCACCACGGCCGAGGGGCUCUUCUCCACGCUGCCCUUCCCCGUCUACAGCAACGGCAUCGCCGCCGCACAGGCGCUGGAGCGCAAGGACGACUGAGGCGCCCGCCCCCCGCAGGGCGGUCCAAGGGGAGGCAUCGUGGGCGUUUUUCCGUUUCCACCUUUAUUCUAGCACUUUGAAUUUGGGCAGGUCAGCAUCUUCUCUCCACCACACGACGGUCCCCAUCCCAUCCCCUCACCCCCUUUCUUUAACUUGACCUAUGCUUUCCUGUAAAGAUAUGUUUAUGUUUGGCCUUCCGGGGCCAGAGGACCAGUGACCUGCCGUUUUGUCUUCUUCUUCUUCUAAGAUGUGUGUUGGGUUGUUUUGCUUUCCUUUUGCAUCUUUAUUAAGAUGUCUUUAAUGCGUAUAUGCCUCUGCCAUAGAAUACUCAGUCUUGUGGUCAAGAGAUUUCUCAAGUGACAACCAUUUUUCUUCCUAACGAUCUUGAUGUGAUCAAGAUUGCAAGAGACAAGCAUAAACAAUGUGCCCUGUUUGACUAAGUCAAAUGAAAUGGGGUGGCUCUUUUUUGGUUUUUGUUCCUAAUUCCUUUAAAAAAAAAAUAGGGAGAUAGUAUUUUAGAAUUUUAUGCAGAAUUUAAUUCUCUUUUUAUGGUUAAGAUUUUAAGAUUUUUCUUACUUGCACAUAAAAGUAAUUUGGGUUCUUAAAACUUAAUUUCUGGCCUGUGACUAGAAUGUUUAAAACAAACCAACAACAGUGGGACUAAAUGUUAAUUACUGAAACAUUAACUUAAUUUCUAAAACCAUGGUGCUAUCAUUUAUUAAUCUGUAAUGUCUUCAUACAAAAUGCAGCUCCUGGCUGGGUUUUGGGGGGGGAAGAAAACGUGUGUCCUGUCCUGGUCUGGAGUCCAUUGCUACAGUCGCCCUGGUGAGUUAAGACAAAGCCCUCAUUAACGUUUGCUGCGGAACUUAAAUGUGUUGCCUCCCAACUCACAAGCGUAGCCUCACAUUCAAUGUAAUGGGUCCGUAAAGCCCUUUUCGAAGGGGCUUAUGGGAAACUCAAUCAAACCGAUUGAGGAGCAGGUUAGGUACAUACUGCCUUUCGUUAAGCCCCCCCCCCCCCUUCUCAGUCUAACUGAGGCUAAUUUUUGCAACGUCAAUAACACUUCAGAGUAAAAGAGGAGAAAUAUUUAACAUCUUUUAAUUCUUUUUUUUUUUUCAUUUCUUGCUAAAAAAAAAAAAAGUUUGUAUUUUGGGGGGACUGAUUUGAUUUGAUGGAAUUUCUUUUCCCUUUGAUUCUCUUAUUUCUAGGUUGGAACCAAUACAGCUUAAAAAUAAAGAAUGGGUUAAUAAACUUCAAACAGAUAACUCAACUGAAAACUGCACAUUAAGUACAAAAAAAAAAAAAAAGAAAAAGAAAAAGAAAAAAAUAUCCUAUUUUGUCUUUGUUGCCAGAAAUCAGUGUAGUGUCAAACACUCCAAAUGACUGUCAAGUAUAAAUUCUUCUUCCACUCCAUUUUGGCAGCUGUUUGUUAAGGCAUCCAAUAACAGAUGUGAGAACUGUAAUGUCUGCAAUGUGUACAUGUCCUUGGCUGUCGUCCAUUGCGGUUUCAAUGUGUUUCUAUAUGCAGUAUAUACUGAGCUAAUGUAGUUGUUUUGUCCUUUGUCUUCUCUGUGCUCUCUCUCUAGUCGGGGUAGUCCCGUCCCAUUCCUGCAGUCCUAGUGAAUCAGUGAUUCUUGGGGGUUAGUGAUUUUUGUGCAGUGGCCUUCCUCUGUAAUGUCACCCCUAUGCUGCUUCUACUGUCUGUGAACCUUCCGUUUCACUUUAUAAAAUUCCUGCUGUUGCUUAUUCUGGUGUGUGAAAUUCUCCCAACCUCUCCUUUCUUUCCCUCUCCCUAUCCUCUCCCCUUUCCCUUCCUCGUCUUUCCUUCCCCGUUCUCCAAAACCUUUUUCAUUCUCAGAGAUAAAAAGACUCUUAACUAGCUCAAGGUUAAUGGAGCCAUUUUUCCCACAUGGAAUUCUGGUAUGACUCUUUCUUCCAGAGUGAAGAGUAAUGCUCAGAUAUAUUCAAUAAAUUGAUGCCAUAUAGCCUCAGUUGUUAACAUUCCCAGAGUCCCUUGUGCUCUACCUAUAAGCAGUGGGUGCUUUUCUUUGGUUUCCUUCCAGGUUGGCUGAUGGAGCAAUAUAAUAAAGCAAUUACCAGUGAGACAGAAAAUUAGUUCAAAGGUCAACCAACGUUUUUUAAAAACAGGAGGGGAAGGUAUAAUGGAAUAUAGAAUUGUCAUAUAUAUAUAUAUAUGUUUAUGCGUGCAAUGCUACUAUAGUAACUCAGCUGUCCUUUAAAUAUCACUGUGUUGAGUGAAUUCCUCUAGGAUCUUUAAUUCCAUGAGCUGGGCCCAAACCACUGUGGAAUAAGUCAUCAUUUAAUAAUGAGCUUAAUUCAAGGAUUUAAUAGGUUUGGAAGGUGAAGAAAGUUAAUCACGAAAUUUAAACAUUAAUUUUGGAAGCUCUAUUCUAGCUAUCGAACAAUCAAAGGAAUGCACCUAUCAGCUACAAAGAACAGCUAAAUAGCUGUUUGUUUUUCUUUUAUAAAUGUUUCUGUGUUGUGUCAAAAUGAUUUCUGGUGAUUUAAACUAACAGAUAAUCACAGCUGCUGUCUAAAUCCAUAGUGUUAAAAUUACAAAACGAAAAAAAAAAAAAAACUUCAUUACCUGUGAAGACUGUGUCUGUUUGUGUUUUUAACUAUUGUACAAAUAUAUGAAAACUUUUAUGAGGAGACUGGUGCCAAGUAGCUGAAUAAUGGGGAAAGGGAUAUUCUGUUUGUAAAAAUCUUAGCAGUGUUACCAACUCUACCACACACAUAUAUAUAUAAAUUAAAACAUUACAAAGUGACAGCUAUGAUACAUUUGUUUUGUGUGAAGCUAACCGGACCUAACUUCCUGAGUGCCUGGCUUAUUUUGAAACAUUUUUUUCAUUGACCAUUGAUAAUGCUGCAAAUCAGAAAUGUACAUACUUCAUUUACAACAGGGUUCUUUUUAUACUUUUGUAGAUUCUCAUACAUGUCACAUACAUGGUUGUCUUUAUGUAACUUAAUUUUUUCAUCCACAGGUGCCAUUUUCAUAAUAAAUUUCUCUUGGAUUUGUUAC